GCAAUGGAACAUCGUCAUCCCUGUUCAUCUGUGGCGUGGAAGGCGGCCAGGCGACCGCCUUGAAGUCGAUCAAGUCUGAACGGGAUAGUGACAUCCACCUUCGUGCCAACCAUGAAGCGAUUCGGAGGAUGGCUCAGCUCGCCAGCUGCAAACCUAGGUUCGAGCAAGUCUCUGACUGCUCUGGACGAGCCUCAUGCUUUGGAAGAAGCUAUGAGAUGUGCUUCGCACAUUCUGAACGAUGACGUCGAACGAGCUGAAGCAGAGCUCAGCCAAGGGACCUCUCCCUUCCACAAGCUCGGACGAGCCUUGACAUUCUUCCUCCGAGCAACCCUGAGUUUCGAGAAAGAGAUGAUAGAACAGACCUCUCAGCGAUUAGCAGAGGCAGAAGAGUCGGCCAGCGAACAUCAAAGAAGAGCAUUGAGGGAUCCAACAACAGCUCACCAGAGCAAGAUAUAUCCCGUGGGCUCUGAGUACGCUCUGUGCCAUGCAGAGACUCAGCUCAUGUCUGCGGUGAUCGGGGUGUUGAACGAGAGCUUGACGGAGAGCUUGAGGGGAUUCUAUAAGCUGCGGAAAGCGUUCACGACGUUGAAUGCGAUUAUGGAGGCGGAGAAUGCUUAUCUGAAGAAGCACUUUCCGGACGGGACUGGUUCGUCAAACAGCAGUUCGAAAGAGAACAGCUCGAACAACAGCUCUGGCGUUAUGACGCCUGCCGAAAGUGAAGGAGAUGAUAAGGGCGAUCUGGACUUUCAAGAUGCUGAUGAGGCACAUUCGGAUCUGCCAACACCAGUCGAGACGGUGGAUGUUUCGGACAACGACAUUGACUUCAGGAAAGUGACCACGGACCCUGUAGAUCUGUUCACCCAUUCUGGCGUGGCACUCUGCUUCGGACUCUUGCAGCUCCUAAUUUCGAUGAUUCCGCCAGCGUUCUCCAAACUUCUCUCUAUCCUCUCCUUCAGAGGUGACCGCGAGACUGGACUGCAACUGCUUUGGCGAUCGACCAAGUUCAACGCUAACAUCAACGGCGGCAUGGCAGGCUUAAUCGUGCUGGGCUUCCACGGAGCUGCUGUGGCUGUGUGCGACAUUCACACACGAGAAGCAUUCCCUCGCCCACGACUUGCCGCUCUGCUCCAGGAGAUGAGGACUCUGUACCCGAAGAGUGUCCUUUGGAUCCUGGAAGAAGCUCGCCUGUCGAGUGCCGACCGCAAACUCGAGCAAGCCGUGCAAAUCCUCGAACGAGACUCUAGUUCCUCUGCUCUGAAACAGGUCGAAGCUCUUCGCGUUUUCGAGAAGAGUCUCGCAUUGAUGUACCUCCACGACUACGAAGCUUGCGCGGAGUCCUUCCUGCACACUCUCACCUUGAACAAUUGGUCGCAUGGCUUGUACUACUACAUCGCCGCCUGUUGCCACAUUGAACUCUAUCGUAUACAUGCCUCAACAGAACCUUCGAAAGCCAGCAGUCACAAGAACAAAGCCAAAGAACUGUUCAAACUGGUCAUGGCCAACACUGGCAAGAAGAAGUUCAUGGCUCGUCAGCUUCCUCUCGACGUCUUCGUCGUUCGCAAGAUUACCAAGUGGACCCAUCGAGCCAAAGCCCGUGACUGCGAUGUGGUCGAUGCGGUGGGAGUCUCGCCUCUGGUCGAGAUGACAUAUUUCUGGAGCGGCUUUUCACGCAUGGGCAAAGCACAGCUUGAGAAAUGUCUCACUCGACUAGCCUGGAGUGAGCAAUCCGAGGCCUUCGACCAAGAAGCUGUCGACGAACGAGCUGUUUUCGGUGUCCUGAAAGCCACGUGCCUACGCAACUUGCACGACCUCGAAACCGCCAAGUCCGUUCUCAACGACUCUGUUUUCUGCUACAGUCUGCCGCAGAUCAAGGCUUGCGAGCACGCGGAUGCUUGGACUUUGCCUGUUGCCCAUUACGAGAUGGCGGUGUGUUGGUGGCAGGAAGCUGGCGGACAGGAUGGAGAGCGCGAGAAGCUGAUGAGUUGUAGUGGCAGUCUGGUCAAGGUGGAGAAAUGGGAGGCAUUUGAGUUGGACGCGAGGGUCGGGUUGAAGAUCACGACGGCGAGAGAGACGUUGAGGAGGUGUGGGAUUGUGGAGGCAUGA